AUGAUCAGCUCCGUGAAAGCUGACACGUGGACUCAAAUUGCAUGCAACAGCACUGACUCAUGUCCUGAGGAUUCUCCAUGUUGUUCCCAGUAUGGAUACUGUGGAACCGGCUCGUACUGUUUGGGUGGCUGCGACCCUCGUUACUCGUUUAACUUGACGGCUUGUAUGCCCCAACCUAGAAUGUCCUCCUUCACCGAGGAUUUCAGUGACACCAGCGUGGUGAUCAAGGGAACUUCCUAUUUGGGAAAUGCCACUGAUACCGACUGGGUGUACACUGGAUAUAUCGCAAGCUACGACGAUGCUCUUUUGAUGCAGAUGCCCAAUGGUUCCACUGGAACGGUCGUGUCCUCGACAAAGUACCUCUGGUUUGGAAAGGUGGGUGCCACCAUGAAGAGCUCCCACGACAACGGUGUCAUUACAGCGUUCAUUACUUUUUCGGAUGUACAAGAUGAAAUCGAUUACGAGUUCCUCGGCUACAACUUGACCUUCCCUCAGAAUAACUAUUACUCCAAGGGGAUUUUGAACUACUCGAACACGGGUGAUUUCGAGGUCACUGACACGUUCGAAAACUGGCAUUACUACGAGAUCGACUGGCAGGAGGAAAAGAUCACCUGGUCGGUCGACGGAGUCGAGGUGCGUACCUUGGAGAAGGAGUUGACGUGGAACUCCACCACAGACAGAUAUGACUUCCCAUCCACGCCCUCGAGGAUCCAGUUUUCCUUGUGGCCUGGUGGAUCCUCGCUUAACGCUUUGGGUACCAUCGAGUGGGCUGGUGGUGAAAUUGACUGGGACUCCGAUGACAUUAAAGAUAUUGGAUACUACUACGCGUCGGUAAAGAACGUGUCUGUGACCACGUACGACUUGCCCUCAUUCUUGGACCAGAGCUCCGUGAACUAUACGGACUACCAUGCUUUCUUGUACAACUCGACUGACGGCGACGAGACUGACAUCUACUUGACAAAUGCCAAGACGUGGUUGGGGUCUUCGGACGCCACCGGCAUCGACCCAGAUAACGACGACGAGGAGGACCUGACUGAAACAUCUACUCUCCUUGUGCUGUCCGGAUCGACAACGUACACCUCCACGUCUGUGAAGACGAAGUCGACCAGCGCGCAAGACCCAGCACAAGAUACGGGCACGACCACCAGUACAAGCACGUCGGAAAACACUGGCGGCUUUGUUCAGAACACCAAGGCCACGUCGUCUCUGUCUGCAGACUCGGCGUCGACUUCGGGUCAGGGGCCCAAAAGGCCUUCGACAUAA